AUGGCAGUGACGCUCCCGAAACGCCACAUCGAAGAGGAGCAUUUGGGCUUCGGCCACUCCUUGGACGAAAACGGCGAUGUCGAGCUCAAGCAGGACCUGUCACUGUCUCGUCCCGCGCUUCAUCAAGACUCCGACAGACCCCCAUCUUCGCCUUCGGGAUCGGCCUACUCUCCGGAUUCCGGGGACUCGGACGCCUCUGAAGCGACCAAGAGCGGCAACAAAUCACAUCAGGAGUUGCAAUGGGCACUGGGAGGACCAAACGAGGAAAACAGGCGACCUUCGAAGAGAAGGUCGCCAUUGAAGCGAUCGAGAUCAGAGGCAGCCCGCUCACAGGACCCCUGCGAUGCACCGAGGCCCUUCAAGCGUGUCAAGGGAGUCAUUAACCACCAGUACGUUGCUCUUCUGAAUGCUGAUAUCGAGGACGCCCGUGACCGGCACGUUCCUUACCCAUGGCCUGAACUGCCGUCGUCCCAAUUCGGCCUCACCUUUUGGACGCCCGAGGAGAAACAUUCCUUCUUCGAGGCGCUUGACCGUCUCGGCCGCCAUAGGCCUGAUCUCAUAGCCGCACGGCUAGAGACCAAGAGCGAGAUGGAGGUCCGCCAGUACCUCAACCUCCUAGAGCGUGCUAAGCGCGAGCGCCGCAAGGGCAGCCAGUUCGAUCCUGUCCAGACGUAUCAGAUACCAGCCGCCAUGGAGCUCGGUCAAGAGUGCGUCGCGGCCCUGGAACAGGCGGGCGACUCUAUAUCUCUUCAUCAGGAGGCGCACGAGGAGGCAGCCGCCCUAUCCAGGCACAAGGACGGCCAUCUACUAUUGACAGCCGACAACUGCCGGGAACUGGUUGAAGAAGCCAAGCUAGAUGCAGAAAUGAACAACACCCCUCACCUGAACCCCCUCGUCCUUUUCAACGCCCCACGCUGGCUCGAGCUGUCAGAGCGGCUCUUUAUGAACGCGUCGUUCGAAGAAAUGAAUUGGCAGAGUGUUUCGCAUGAGCCCCCCUCGAUCCGGCUUGUCGCCCUCGACGACUUCUACUCCAUUAUCAGGGCGGUGACCCGGAAGCUCGUCUGCGAGGCUGUGUUCAACGCCCGGACUUGCUCGCGCGGCCGCAGCCACAGGACCGCGGCCAAGGGCCACAUAACUGUCCACGCCAGGCAUGUGCCGUCACCAGAGCAAGUCGUGGGCAAGCCUGGACUCGCUGGCCGGGAGCUUUUCUUUGCCGGCUGCGCGCGUCGGCUCCAUCUGGAAGUUGUAGAUGACGAAGCCGAGGAAGUGACGCAGGGAGCAGACUACGACGAGCCAGAGCCCAUGUCCUACGAUGAGGUUGAGAGCGCACUAUCCACUAUACUACGAGAGAAACACAGAGCGGCAGCGGCGGGGGGUACCUCCAGCCGUCGGGAUGCCUCUCCGCUGUCCUCCGUCAAUGAGGCAUCUGAUGCCGAUGAUGGUGAAGAUGCAAUGUCAACCCAGACACCCGUCGGCGCUGGCAACGGUGACGGCACCGAAGCCCCCGCCGAUGGUGAUGUUACGGACUCGGACUCGAUUUCCACCAUUGAUCUAGCCGAUUCGGACCGGGAUGUGGAGGAAGAAGUGGACGAGGUGGUGAUAUAUUCGGCAUUUGGGAUAACGGGGACCACCAAGGACAAGAACGCUCUGCGGCUCCGCGUCCGAGGCGAGAGGGAGCGCGAGGAUCUCGCCGAGGCAGUCGACUGCCGCGCCAGCUAUGUGGAGGAGCGUCGACUGUGGGCAGAGGUACUUAGUUACUCGCCCACAGUCCCUCGGGAAAGGGUACCGAAGCCAGAUCUGAAAGCCAGGUCCGCCGCCGUUGCGGUACGCCGGAAGCUUGCGGUUGGCGACCUAGUUGAGGAGCUGGCGUAA